GAGGCUCCAGCAAAGCGCACGUGCGCAGAAUGACUCGGCCGGCAUGCUGACAUAAGAUUCUUAUGAUGGCGGGACAUCUUCAGGGGCAUUUGCGGAUCACUUCAGCUCAAUACUGCAACUAAGAUGGACACCAAAGUCCUCCGAAAUGUCUUCUCGAAAAUUUUGGUGGGAUCGCUCGUGCUUCGUUGGCCCCUGGACCAGCUCCCUUCGUAUGCCAAGGUUGUUGGCGAAGACAAACGCCCAGCGGUCGUCAUCCUUGCAAUCACUUCUGCGCUUAUGAUCGCUGCAGUUAUCGAGCGGAGCGUGCACAAGAAGAGUCCGCACAAGGCGAUUAGCUGCGCGAGAUGGUCACUUCUUUCACUUAGCGCUCUAAGUGUGAGUAUCGAUAUACCGAUGUCGGACUCGCUCAUGUCGACAAUUCGAUGCUACGCUCUGAUCGCUCUGCUAUGUUUGCAAGCGCGCAGCAUCAGGGCGGAGGGCGACGGAAGCGACUGCAUCCUGGAUUGCAUUUCGGUUCACCUCGCAGCCUCGAUGCAGCUUCCCUUGCUUCUAGGGCCCUGGGCAAGACUUUCUGAGCUUGUCGACAGCGGUGGAGAGCUCACCUUAGUCCUUCUCACCUUCUCAUCGCUGCUUUGGAUCUCUUGGCUCUCUGUUCAUCUCGCGCUCGUUUUUGAGCAAAAGAAAAGGUUUAAUCCAGCAGGAAAGCAGCCCAACGCAGGCGUGCACAUACCCAAAGACUUCAAUAGAUCAUCAGAGUUUGGGAAAAGGAAGGAUGCGUUUCACGAUUGUUCGUCUGCGGAAGACUUGCGAGGUUGGGCAGCCAAUCGCAUUGUCUACUCCUGUUCAAUCAACUUCUUCUUGCUCUCUGUCUUGCAAUUUUAUUAGUGGAUUAUGCAAGAG